AUGGCGGGACAUCCGAUCAUCACCCUGGGUUCGCCCCAGCCCAUCACUCCCAAGAAACGAGGUGGCAUCUACGAAGACCUCCUGGCGCAGUUCGGAUCCGAGAGCUCAGCCCAGUCGGCCACCAAGAGACGACGCAUCUCUUCGCAGCAGGCGACCAAGCCAGACGAGACUAGCGACAACAAACGCAGCCUGCGCGCGCAACCAACGCCAAACUACGUCGCCUCCGACUCAUCCGCAAACGAAGCCUCGCCAUCCACGCCUGACCACAAGCCCAGGACCGUCGCCGACAAGUACCCUCGCGCCUCUACAAGACGAGCUGGCGCCCGCGCGGGAACCAGCGAAGACGAACUUGCCCCCUCAGCCCGCCCGAACCGCAAGACAAGCGCCAGAAUCUCGGCCUACACCGAGGAACUGAAGAUGGAGAAACGCAAGAAGGAGCGCGAACAGUCUGGCGGACUUCGCCGGAGCACGCGCGACAGGAAGAGCACCAUUCUGGAGUCCGACACCAUGCCUACCCCGUCACCACCCCGUCGGAAGUCAGCCCGGCCGCCGCCCAACCUCGACACCGCUCGUGCUCGUCUCCGCGACGACAUUGCUAAGAAGACCAAAGCGAGAGCGAACAGCUUCCUCGUCGCCAACAAAGACCUUUUCCUCCCACUUCUGCCUAAGAACAACCAGGUCGCGAAGCUUGUCGCUCAGGGCGAUGCGCAGCCCAUUGUCGAGUACGAAGAGCUCUCGGAGCAACCCAAAGGCGUCACCGCUGUAAUGAAGCCAUACCAACUAUCUGGUCUGUCAUACUUGGUCCAUCUCUACAACAACGGUUUUUCUGGUAUACUCGGCGACGAGAUGGGUCUCGGAAAGACGCUACAGACAUUAUCGCUGUUCCAGUAUCUUGAAGAGCUGGACGAGAAGAACGGUGUCACGUCAGAAGAGCUUCGGCCUUAUCUCGUCAUAUGCCCCCUCAGUGUGCUCAACUCGUGGGUCACGGAGGCCCAGCGAUGGGUACCACAACUCAAGGUCAUGCGCUUCCACGGCGCCGUCACCGAGCGAACCCGCUUGAAGCGCGUCAUAGCUGGCAUGGAGGACAUGAAGGGCAAUGAAACCUCGCGUGCGAAAGAUCGGAAAGCCUCGCGCAAGGCUGGCCGAAAGGCGGCCAAGCUCACCUCCAACGAUCAGCAAUCCGACAACUACAAGAUUGUCGUCACGACAUACGAGACUUUCCAGGCUGAGCAAUCAUGGUUCAAGCACAGCUUCGCCUGGCGCUAUGUCGUCUUGGAUGAAGGACACAAGAUCAAGAGCAGUGUCACCCAGAUCUCCACAGCCCUCAAGAGCAUCAGUGCCGAGUAUCGUCUCAUCCUGACUGGAACACCACUUCAGAACAACUUGGUCGAGAUGUGGUCGCUUCUGACAUGGCUGUAUCCCAACGUCUUCGACGACAAGACCGAGACACUUUUCAAGGAGUCUUUCGAUCUCAGCAAGGGCAAAGCGAACAAGCAAACCAUGACAGACGCCCGCCGCUUGCUCGAACUUAUUAUGCUGCGACGUAUGAAGGACUCUCCCUCUGUCAACCUCGGCCUACCGCCCAAGGAGGAAAUCCUGCUCUAUGUACCCUUGACUCCCAUGCAGAAGUUCUGGUACACCCGUCUCUUGACACGUAUGGACGACGGUAUGCUCGACGAGCUCUUUGCUGAUGGCAAAUCCAAAGAGAAGGCCGCCAUCGAGCAGGAUAUCGAAGAGAACAAGCUACUGGCGAAGAUGGAAAAAGUAGACAAGGUGGUCAGCUCCGGCGGUGCCGAGGCUGAUUGGGAAGAAACCACCAAAAUUCUGCAAGAAGCCGUUGCAAAGGAGCAGACCGACACCGACACCAACAAGGGUGCCUGGAAGAAGCUUAUGAACCUCGUCAUGCAGCUACGCAAGUGCUGCUCGCAUCCGUACUUACUCCCCGGUGUCUCACCCGAUCCCUAUUACCUGAGCGACCACAUCAUUCGUGCAUCCGGCAAGUUCAUCCUCUUAGAGAAGCUUCUCAAGCACACGGUAUUCAACGAAGGCAAGAAGGUCCUUAUCUUCUCUGGCUUCACUCGCACGCUCGACUAUUGUGAAGACCUCUUGUCUCUUAUUAGCAACCAUGGAGAGCGCUUCAAGUCUCUUCGUCUUGAUGGUAGCACAGCUCGAGCUCGGCGUAACUUGGACAUCCGCCUUUUCAAUCAGAAGGACUCCGAUUACAAGGUCAUGCUACUCUCGACCCGCGCAGGUGGCUUGGGUAUCAACCUCACGAGCGCCCAGGACGUCAUCUUCCUUGACGAAGACUGGAACCCGCAGAUCACACUCCAGGCUGAGGCCCGAGCUCAUCGCAUUGGGCAGACCAAGAAGGUGACCAUCUACAAGCUCUGUACCCAGGGUACUGUCGAAGAGCAAAUGAUGGGUCGUAUUCGCAAGAAGCUUUACCUCUCAGCAAAGAUUACAGAGUCGAUGCAGAGCGUACAUGGCAAGCAGAUGGCCGAUACUAAGAAGGUCGGACGUCCGUCUCUAAGUGAAGACUUGCCACAGAUGGAUGCAACGCAGCUCAAGACGCUUGUACGUCGAGGCGCCCAGGCAUUGUCGCAUCCAGAAAUCGAUGUCAAAGAGAUGGUGUCUUGGGAUCUGGAGACUAUGAUGGCCAAGUGCCGCGAUGCCCCUGCCGAUCUGACCGACUCAGCGACACACUCUGAAGUCGAUGAGGACAAAUGGCUCUCUACUAUGGAGCGAGUUGAAUGCGCCGUGUUCGAAGGCAAGCGUCAUCAACGUCAGCUUGACACCACCUGGAAGGCCAACACAUCGGCCGCAAACAUUCUCCCAGACACCAUCACUCGCGAGGAUCGCCGUAAGGGAAAGAACACUACCGUCAUGGUAGAUGGCUUCGCUAUCAACAAAGAAUCCAUGAACUGUGGUGACUGGGAAGCCGUACCGACAUUCGCAGGCAAAGAUCCCCGCCUCGCUGAACCAGUCCGCGAGAAGCGUCGCGAGAUCACCCAUGAAGACCACUGUCUCGGCUGUUUCGAAGACGCCGAUGCCGGACAUCUGGUUGAAUGCAAGAGCUGCCCCCGUGCCUAUCAUUACGACUGUCUCGAUCCCCAGUACAAAGCCAAAGUGAAGGGCUUCGCCGGCUUCUACUGCCCCCAGCACAACUGCACCGACUGCGGCAAAACCACCAACGAUGCCGGCGGUCUGAUCUUCCGUUGCCGCUGGUGUCCUCAAGGCUUCUGUGAAGACUGUCUAGACUGGGACGAGACCGAGCUAAUCGGCGACACCCUCCCGGAAUUCGAGCUCAUGGGCGAGCAGCACACAACGGGUGGCUUCUACAUCAAGUGUCCCACGUGCGUUGAGUCAGGUGAGGAGAGCGCGGAGCAGAAAGAGUGGUUCGCGAAUAUGGAGAAGCAGUAUAAAGAUCAGCAUGACAUCUGGUCGCAGGAGCGCGAAGAGGCGCAGCGGAGGCUGAACGACAUCGACGCUGAUGAUGAGGUUACUUCUCCGCCUGCUCUUACUGAUACUUCGCUGCCUACUCCUGCGGUUGGCGGCUCUCGUGUUGGCACUCCUGUGUCCGUGGAGCUCAUGCAGAGUACCAAGAAGGGUGGUAAGAGGGCUGAGGCAUUCGGCGAGACGCGCGAGGAGAAGCGGGCGAGGCUUGAUGCGCAGACUUGGACUGUUGAUGAGGACCCGCUCAUGCAAGGUCUUGCGGUGUCAAAGGGACGGAAGGGUUAG